AUGGCAUAUCGAUCUCUCAAUCUCAUUAUAUUGAGAAGAUGUAGGAAAAGUUUAAUUUUCAUGAUAGUUCUCCGGUUAGCACUCCAAUGGAUCCUGCUUUUAAGCUCUCACCUAAUAAAGGUGGCUGUAAGCCAACUUGAAUAUUCAAGGGCUAUUGGAUCUCUCAUGUAUGUUAUGAUUAGCACUAGACCGCAUAUAGCUUAUGCUUUUGGAAAGCUUAGUAGGUAUACUAGCAAUCUAGGUGCAAGUCAUUGGCAAGCUAUGAAUCAAGUAUUUAGGUACUUGAAAGGAACCAUGAAAUAUGGUUUGACUUGCACUAGAUUUCCUUCAGUUUUAAAAGGUUAUGCGGAUGCAAGCUGGAUUAACAACAAGGAAGAUCACUCUUCCACAAGUGGAUGGACUUUUCUGCUUGGAGGAGGUGCCAUAUCUUGGGCAUCUAAGAAACAUACUUGCAUAACUGAUUCAACAAUGGAAUCUAAGUUUGUAGAUUAA